AUGUCGUUGCUCCCCUACCACAAUCCGCACAACUAUGAAUCAGAAAAGCCCAACCGCGAACAAGAGAAGCUCGUCGUCCAACUGGAGGACAUAUGGCACUCCUCGGACAAUGACCAAGUAAAAACUCUUGUCCGCGAAGUCGUCGACGAUCUGCUGCGUCUAAAUCCUCCCACCAAAGACAUCAGCGAUAAGGACGAGAUCAUAUUCUCCGACGAUUGUGAUAAUCUUUACUUCAAACCACUGCUCAGCGACGUUGCUCUCGCCGUCCAUGAAGUGCAUAGUGCCCAUAUUGGACAUCUCAUCACUGUUCGUGGGAUCGUGACCAGAGUAUCAGAGGUCAAACCACUACUACAAGUCAACGCCUACCCUUGCGACGUUUGUGGAUCGGAAACAUUCCAAGAGGUCACAAACAAGACUUUCGCGCCACUCUACGACUGUGGCAACACCGAGGAUCCGUUCCAAGAACUCAAAAUCCAAGAGAUCGCUGACCAAGUUCCUGUUGGCCACAUCCCCCGUUCCAUGACGGUCCACGUCGGCGGGAGCCUUACACGCCUUAUGAACCCUGGCGAUGAGGUUCAUCUUGGUGGUAUUUUCCUCCCCUCCCCUACACCGGUUUCCAAGCCAUUCGUGCUGGGCUUCUCACGGACACAUACCUUGACGUACAUGACGUUCACCAACAAAAUUAAACAAUAUCGCGACAUGGAGACAACACCAGAGCUCGAAGCGAAGAUGGAGCAGCUCCACGCAGGGGACGGCUUAUACAACAAACUGGCCGAAAGCAUCGCUCCUGAAAUUUAUGGCCACUCGGACAUCAAGAAAGCGCUUCUGCUCUUACUGGUUGGAGGGGUUACGAAAGUUACUGGUGACGGGAUGAAGAUUCGUGGCGACAUCAAUAUUUGUCUUAUGGUACAUCUCCAAAAUUGCCCCUCGGGGAUGUACACGACCGGUGAAGGCUCUUCUGGUGUUGGUUUGACCGCGGCCGUUAUGCGUGAUCCUGUUACAGACGAAAUGGUCCUCGAGGGUGGCGCACUUGUGCUUGCGGACAAUGGAAUUUGCUGCAUCGACGAAUUCGACAAGAUGGACGACUCUGAUCGUACUGCCAUCCAUGAAGUGAUGGAGCAACAAACCAUCUCCAUCUCCAAAGCCGGCAUCUCGACCACCCUCAAUGCCCGCACCUCGAUUCUUGCAGCAUGCCAAUCCUCUGUACGGUCGGUAUAA